AGAUUCAACGUGAGGUGGUGCAGUAAAAAGUGAGAUUUCGAGGAAGAAACUAUGGUGCAGUGGUACCACGUGGAAGAAACCGGGAUUCUCGCGAGGAUGCACUGACAAGGCAGACCGACCAAAAGGCUCGAGAUGUCCGCGGUAACCAGUCCGUAUGGCCCCACGGAGAUGCUUUCCGAAUCGGUUUACAACUAUGCGACGUCCCGACGGGACGCCGCAGAUCAGGACAGCGACUCCCAAUUUGAGGGCCAGGCCCAGCUGCAAUUGGCAAGCAUCCAAAAGCCCCGAAACAAGCGGAAAAAUUUUAAGCCAAUCAGCAGUCGAAUGGCCGAGGUCUCGGACGACUCUGACCGGGAUGAGGAGGAUCAGGACGCCGUCGAGGAGGGAAAUGCGAACGAAAUCCUCGAGUACGAGAGAAAAACGUUACUUUUGCCGACUGAGGAAAGGUCGAAACAGAGGCUAAACAACAACGAAGCGAGCCCCAUGGAUUUGUCCGUCGCGACUAGGCCACCCUCGUCGGAAGGGGACGACGACAGCGGCGACUCCUUCAGGCAUAAAUUUAUUAUCGAACAACUUAGGUCGCAGAAGUUCUAUUCCCUUGGAGCCGAGGUUCGAAGUCCGACCUCGGAAUCAUCGGAUAAAAGUGGAAGUGCCGCAAUGGACGAAUCAAAUCGCCUCGAUGACCAGGAUGGACAAUUCGAAGACGAUAGGGUUCAGGAAGUGGAGAGCGAAGGGACAGUUGAAGGGAAAAGGCCGUUCGAGGGGAUGAGGGAAUACGCAGAGUCAACUAUGCAGGAACUCCUGGCGAUCUAUGGCUUGGCAGGAGGUGAACUUGCCAGGUCGGUCAGCAGGCAGCUUCCACCCACCUUUCUGAACCCACCCAGCGGUCAGCAGUCCCAAGGCAAGGUCAAGGUCAAGGAAGAAAAAGUGGCUUCUUCGAUGGCACCCGGAAGUCCGCCAACACCACCGCACACGCCGCAAAGUCCACCGAGGCAACAUCCACCUGGCAACCUUUCUCAGUCGUCGCAGACACCAGCUAGCUCCCCUAGCAUCCAACAUCCCCACCAAGGUGUGACCAGUUCACCCCUAAGUCAAAUUUUGGUACAAACCCCAGCCUUGGCUCAACUCCUUCAACAAAAUCCAGCAAUUCUCACCCAAAACCCACAACUGGCACAACUCCUUCAACAGAAUUUCCAGGUCCAGAUGGAAAGCGUACUUUUCCAGGGAGCACGUAGAGAAGACGGAGAGGAUGCGAGGGUUCCACCGACAAUAGCGAACUUGGCAGCAAUGAAGGUGGAGGCAGCUGACCCGAAGGUUUCCGCCCUUCUUAGACAAAGUAUGUCACCAGUAGCAGAAUCCAUGAUCGGUGGCGCAAAAUCGAUUCCCCAGCCCAUCAUUGACUACUCUCGUUAUGUGAGAAGGUACUCAAGUGGUCAAGAGUGUGGAAGUGCCUACUGUAAAGAACUCGGUUGUAGGGAGCACUUUCACUGUCUAGACUGCAGUGGUCGAGUCUUUGUCAAAAAAGAGGAGAUGAUUAGGCAUUUCAAGUGGCACAAGAAGAGAGAUGAGUCGUUGCAGCAUGGCUUCAUGAGGUACUCCCCUAAUGACGAUUGUGCUGAGAGGUAUCCUGGCCGGAUCUGUCCCCACAACAAAAAGCAGACUCACUAUCACUGUAUCCAUGAAAAUUGCGACAAGGUCUACAUCUCGACUUCCGAUGUCCAGAUGCAUGCCAACUAUCAUCGCAAAGACUCAGCCAUCAUCCAAGAAGGCUUCCAGAGAUUUAGGGCGACGGAGAGCUGCGCAGCUGAGCAUUGUCCGUUUGCUGGUCAGAGGACCACACAUUUUCAUUGCCGACGACAGGGUUGUCGGUUCACCUUCAAGAACAAAGCUGACAUGGAUAAACACAAGUCUUACCACAUCAAAGACGAACAGUUCACGCGAGACGGUUUCAAGAAGUUCAUGAAGUCCGAAGCAUGUCCCUUCGAGCAGUGCAGAUUCUCAAGAGUGUGCAAUCAUAUUCACUGUAUCAGACCCCAGUGUAGCUACGUCCUUCACUCGUCAGGUCAGCUGAUCUCUCAUAAGCGUAAACAUGAGAGGAACGAUUCAGAGAUAGCCUACAGGAAGUACAAGCAACUUGGAGCAACGGGCGGCAUAAGACCGCCUGGAUCUUGGAUGCCGGAUGAAAUCUGCUCCCAGAGUCUUUCCUUGAGUCUGAAUGGAGAGAGUUCCAACGAGGGUAGAGGAUCUCCUUCCUACUACUCGAUGGAUGAUUCCUUCCAAAGCGCAAGUGACUUGGCGAUGGAUCUCACUGCUCCUUCGACUGGACCGUCGACCGGUACUGGCGCUUCGACUCUGACCAUGGAGCAAUUACCAUCCCAGAUUCAGCAACAACAACAACAACAGCUGACGUCUGUCGAGUUAGCUUUCCUAGCACCAGCCUCAGCCGAUUGUCCCUGUCAUCUUGGAAAGGAGCAUCAUCACUGCGGUCUCGAUCGCUGUGGAGCAACUUUGCGUGACCCUCGAGAGGUUCGAGAACAUCUUCGGGAACAUGAAACUCAAGAACGGAUUACGGACGCCUUUUUCGAGGAAGGAGGUUGUGAUGAUACCUGCCCUUACUUUGAUAAAGAGAAACAUUAUCACUGUAACUGGGAGAACUGUCGUGAAGUGAUUCUAGCGACAGACAAGCCUUUUAGAAGACUGCAACAUUAUAAAAUCCAUGAGUACAGCAGACAGCUUGAUCUCUCCUGCACAUCUCAUGCGCUCUCUCCAGAUGUCACCUUAACUCAUCUGACGAACAUCGACGCCAUGUUCAGGCGGAAGAGAGGGAGACCCCCUAAGAAUAGGGUAAUUGAAAUCUGGUCUGGAGGAGAUCCUGCAACUCACACUCAGGAUUCUCCCCAAGCAAUAUUCACCAGCUUUAAGCUCCCCAAACCCACUACUCCUACCAUGACUCCAAACGUGCUAAUUGAGGAGAGGGAAGGAAGUAUGUCCCCUAAUAGCGUUGGUGAACCGGAAGGAUUCGCUACUUACAAUCCUGAUGGUUGUCCGGAUCCAGCGUGUACUCUCAGGCCCACGAGGCAUCAUCACUGUUCCCAAGUUCGGUGUCAUUUCUCUACGGAAAGGCCAGAUCAGCUGCUGAUGCACAGCAAAGACUUUCAUGAUAACGUAGAUAUCCUACCUGGAUUUGCGUUUUUCGACAAGAUGAUUGAUUGUCGACUACCUGGGUGCCACAGCAAUAGAGUUAACCGACACUUUCAUUGUACAAGGCCGAAUUGCGGUUACUCGUUCGUGAGAUAUUCGACGAUGUCUCUUCAUGAGAAACAACACCAUGGCCUUGGCGAUCAUGGUCCAGAGCAACCAAAUCAAGAACCUCAGGCGCAGCCGCAGUCCCUCGUCCAGGAAUCUAAGCCCAGGAUACAAGUGAAGAACACCUCAGAGCUGAUCGAAAAGCAGGAGGAGAGUAUGAUGGAGGAGAGCAGAUCUAUCAUUGAUGACAAAGAACCUCAAGUUCCUAGUCCAGACACUAAUAAGACCACGGUGGUGAGGGCGGCAGGCACCUAUUAUCCGGUCAGUGGACCGCCGAGCGAACCCGCUCUUCCGGGCGCCAUGCUAUCCAUGCGAACUUCCGUGCACCAAGAAACUCAGAUCAUGCCAUCAACAAGUUCCACUUCACCUCAUACGCUCUACGGGCCAGAGCAAAGUUGCAGUCGGCCUUUCUGCAAACUAAAACGAAAGAACCACUAUCAUUGUAAUGCCUGCAACCAGGCUUUCUCCGAACUCGACCGACUAGUCGCCCACAUCGCAAAACACUCGACAGGUGCGAUUCUAAGCCAACAACAACAUGAAAUGGCAGCCCAAUCCUCGAACCACAUGCAACACGAAUACCUCGCCCAACUCUCCCAAAAACACGAAUUCAUGGCCCAAAACGCCCAGAUGGCUCAGAACAUUCAGAACUUUCAGAACCAGAUGCAGCGUCAGAUGCAGCAGACUCUAGGACAAAUGUCUCAGCAGCCGCAAGCCAAAGAGAUGAAGAUCGACAGUCCGAUACUCGGCAACGACUCUGUUCAAAUAAGUCAAGUGAAGAGAGAACCAUCUGAAAACCUCAGGGAAGAAGGAGGUGGUAGCAACAUGCAUGACAACAAUGAAAAUGGUCAGAUGACCCAACCUCUUCCUCCAAAUGUCCAACAACCCCAAGUUCCUCCCGGUUUUGAGUUAGACCUUCACGGUUUUCAUUUUCCCAGCCCAGCUGUCAUGGCAGCGAUGAAUCAACAAAUCGCCUUGAUGAAUCAAGCACUACCGCCUUUCCUACAGCAUGGGAGCAUGUACCCUGCAGGACCAGGAUUGAUGUUCGCUCCAGGUCUACCACCAGGGAACUUCCUACCACCAGGACGAGACGAUAACCCUCUAGCCUCUCUCGCAGCUAAUCUAAAUUUGAAGAGAUCUCUCUCACCUCCUGAUAGCAAUUCCGUCGAAGCGAAAAAGCAGAGGCUUCAUCACUCGAUGCGAAUGCUGAAGGAUGAACCUGUUCCUGAAGGCUAUGUUAGGUUCCGGUUUAACGAAGACUGCAGAUAUCCUCACUGUGGUUACAGAGAACAUCAGACCCACUUCCAUUGCAUGCGACAAGACUGUGGAUACUCCUUCUGCGACAAGACCAGGUUUGUUCAACACACAGCCAGACACGAGCGGCUCGACACUCUCAUGGGAGGAGACUUUCAACAGUACAGGGCUAAUGUUCCCUGUGGAAGGUCUCAGUGUGCCUACACCACUUCCUUGGGGUCCAUGCAGAACAAGGCUUCGCACUUUCAUUGUCUAAAGUGUGAUUUCGUCUGCACCGACACGAACAAGGUGGUCGCUCACCGGAGACAACAUGCUAAACUGGACAGUAUCGCAGCUGCCGGCUUCCAAAAGUUCACACCAAGUCAGCCAUGCGGAGCAGUUCAGUGCCAACACUCUGGAAAGCAGACGCACUAUCACUGUCUUCAGUGCCAGUAUGCUGUCCUUGGACUGGCGCAGAUGUCUGCCCACAAAUACAGGCACAUGGACGGCUGACUAUGAUUUUAGUGAAACGGUUUUAUUUUGCGGGUAGUGAGGAAUCUUGUUUGUAUAGGGAUGUUUUGUAGAACGUUUGCACAACCAUUUAUACAAUAGCAAACAAUAAAACCGCAGUAGACAUUCCCCGAUAGAAUUUGUGUCCCAAGUGCGAUUCAGCGAAAGAAGACAAUAAUGGA